UAUUCACGUGAAGAAAGAAGCGAGAUAAUAUUUUUGAAUGAAACAAUUUAAUCGCAAAUUUCGUGUUACAUAGAAUUAAAACUCGUAGAAUAGGUACUACUUUUACUCUAUGUAAUAUGUAAUAUGAUUAAACCCGCGAUUAAUAAAAUGAAAAAGUGAAACAAAAUUUAAAAAGAAUAUUGAAAAUGCCAGUACCUACCUAGAUGACAAGCUUGCAAAAUGAACUUCGAAGAGAAACACUUAUUAUCACCGAACAAACUUUCUGCAUCAAUUCAUCCCAUAUCAUUCCGACAAUGGAUAUAUGUCAUCAUCCUGACUUUACCAACAUUACCAGCAGGGAUGUCGAUGGGAUUUUCAGGCAUCGCUCUGCCAGAAUUGAAUUUAAAUUUAGCGCAAUCAUCAUGGUUUGCUAGCUUGCCAACGGUGGGUUCUGUACUUGGAAACUUUCUAACCGGCUACGUGAUCGAUCGAUUGGGCAGAAAGAAAGCUUUCUUCAUCAACACCAUUCCAGCAUUCAUCGGAUACGCUUUUUUAGCCAUUGCUGGACCUUUCAGAGUAGAAUAUCUUUACAUAGGUCAACUCUUCGCAGGAAUAUCUCAAGGAGCUGUAAUUUAUGUAACAACCGUGUACAUAGCAGAAAGCAUGGCGCCGGAUAAUUUGCAUUUUAGAAGUAGCUUGGCAUCUUGGACCAUGUUGGGCAUUAUUUUUGGUAUAACUUCGACCUACGUUUCGGGGUACUUUUUUCAUUACGAUAGUGUAGCUUUAAUAGCAGCUUCGAUCGCCUUAAUAUCAUCGAUACUAGUGCUAGUUUUUGUACCAGAAAGUCCUGCCUGGCUUGACCAACAAGGUCGCUUCAAAGAGGCUCAACGAGCUAGACAUCGAUUAGGUUGCACUCACGUGUCAACAAUCGACUUGUCCAUUGGCGGAAAUCUGCACUUACAGGAUAGCUUUUAUUCUUACUUAUCAAAAGUCAGAAGAAAAGAUGUCUACAAGCCACUGUUGACAACAGUAACGUACUUCUUUUUUCAACAAUUCUCCGGCGUUCAAAUCUUCUCCGCGUAUAUGGUGAACACAAUCACUGUAAAAUCCUUAGCCAUUGAUUCCUAUCUAACCAGUCUGAUUGGUGGGAUCGCCAUGAGCUUGGGCCAGAUUUCAUAUACCGUUUUCUUACCAAAACUGGGGGUGAGAAAAAUCGCUAUUUUAUCUUCGGUGUUGACCAGUUUGACUACUUUAGUAUUGGCAAUAUGUAUUCAUUUGAGUGAGAUAGAAGCUUGGUACUCUCAUAUAGUCGACUAUAUUCACAUUGUUUCGGUCUGGUGUACCAUAUUUUUCAGUGCAUUGGGUAUUGCUACUGUUCCGUAUUCCAUAUUGGGAGAGAUUUUCCCUACAGAUGCGAAAGGUUUUGCCUCCAUUUCUGUCUUUAGCGAGUGUGUGUUUUAUUUUAUCAUUUUGAUGAUGCAUCCCAGGGUAGUAACUCUCUCAUCUUGUGCUGUUUUCUAUGUAUAUGCGAUGAUAGGGUUUUUGGCGGUGCCUUUUGUUUAUUGGUGUAUACCGGAGACGGUUGGCAGGACUUUGGAGCAAGUCUCUUCUCACUAUUCUUCUUGAUGAUGUGGCUUGACUUGAGUAGAGAUUUGCGAGUGAGAUUAGGUGUUUAUCUACUGUUUAAUAUCUAGUCGUUUUACUUUCAUUGUGUUUUAAAACGUUCUUUUUGAAUUUAAUUCAUUUCGGAAGAUACUCAUUUAAGCAUUAGGUACCUCUACCUAUCAAUAUUAUUGUAGGCAUUACGCCUGUUUUUUGAAUAUUUUUGUAGGUAACUUGAUUCAAAAUCCAAUAAAAAAUUCUUCUCAGCAA